GUCUCAAAAAGUCAAAAUUGUCAACACACAAACAUUGUUACAUGCAUAUUACGUCUGUGAAGCACGAAAAGGUUGAUUGUUUUACCAAUACAAGAUGGAAUACGUACAGGACAAGCUUACAACGGUCGCUCGGCUUGAAGGGAGACUCUCGGAACGUGGUGGCUGAAAACCACAAGCACUGUCUUGAUUUCGAGUUCGAAGAUAUUCCUGAGGACGCUGGCUUCCACCAUACAUGCUACAUAAGGUUUACCGACACAAAGGCCAUGACGAAGGUGGAAAGACGGCUCGCACGUGAGGGAGAUCAAGACGUUAGGGAGGACCUUGAGGUCGAGCCCAUCCCAUCGACGUCUCGCAGCACGUACCGAAGCCAAACAGAGAAGCUACGAUCAAGGUCAGGCCUGCCAAUCGCAGGCUCUGGCCCCGUCCUUCCUGCCCUGUGCAUUAUAUGCAAGAUGAAGGAGAAAAUGAUCAUCAAAGCAGGCAAGCGACAAAGGGAUCAACUGUGUAAGGCUGAAACAUUAAAAGCAGGCAAAUUGCAGAAAGCUGCUGAGAAGAAAGAUGACCAAAGUGUUCUUUUACAUAUAAAAGACAAAGACUGUGUGGCUCUGGAGGUGCGGUACCACAAAAGCUGUUACAGUCAGUACACCAUGUUUUUGCUGAGACCUGACAAACCAGAGACAGAACAGUAAGUUAUUUCUCCUUGGAUUGCUUUACCUAUUUGCACUACCACCAGACUGAAGUCCAGGUGUGUGUCGGCGAUGGCUAUAUAUAUAUAUACACAUACACAUACUUAACAUUAUAAGUAAACAUCCAAUUUCCUUCUGUUAUAUGUGCACACAAUCACAACACUUAUUCA